AUGUCCGACUCACCAGCACCUCCCACCCCUCACCAGCAACUCAGUCAACUGGAAAACGAUGUUGAGGUUCUUCUCUAUCACAUGACAGAGGAACUAGUCUCGUGUGUAUUGGACGAAUGCAAGGAGACUAAAGGGUUUUCCAAGACCGCAAAGAUGGAGGAAAAAAGAAGUGAGAUAGCGGACAGCUUGAGCGAUUCAAUCGUGGAGAUGAUGCAGCUGAUAAAUGGAUGUUUUGAUUCGUUGGGAGCCGAGAUUGAGAUGGACAAGAUUGCAAGUGUCUUGGGAAUGGUGGGCGAUAAUUUGAGCCUCUGA